AUGGACACUACACUGCCUCCAGAGCUUUCCAAUCUGCCAGCAGACGUCGAAGUGCCGGAGAGUGUACGCCACUCUCCCCCAGCAAGCCCUGGCAUCUACAUGGCAGCAGUCGACGCGAGCUGCGCUGCGGACUUGCAUGGCUUGCUGAUGCAGCAGCACCGGGAGAUCAUGCAGCAGCUGGCGGCACAGCAUUCUACAUUGCAGAACGUUGUGUUCAAAGAACGCCUUCAAACUAGCCUGGUGCAGCCCGCUGCGUUUCCAGUACCAAUAGUUACAGAACGCCAGUCGAUCCGGUCCAGCGUGGCUUCGUCAGCCAGCUCGAUUAGCGAAGUGGAAGCCAGCAUGAGCAUGAAGGCUGAACAAGGGACCCAGCGGCGUUAUCUGAAGACUUUCUCAGCACUUGACCGUGCACUUCGACGAGCGGCUUCCGAAGUGCAUCGAUCGAAGAAGGAGCUGCUCCCCGCGAAUGCAGAAGGUGUAGAAGAUUCCAGGCAAGGCUGCCUUGGCGAGAUUUGCUCGCAUCCCUUCUUCGAAGCCGGUUGCACCCUUGUGGUUCUGACGAACGCGGUGUUCAUCGGCUUCGAAACCCAGCAUGCUAUCGAGCAUCCGGGGUCGAUGCAGCCGGAGUAUUUUUUCAUGCAUGAGCUCUUGAUGCGAAUUGGCGCCGGUGGCAAGCAUGUCUUCUUUUCGAAAGAGUGGAUGUGGGGCUGGCUGGAUCUCGUUGUUGUGGUCACCUCCGUAUGGCAAGUGGUGAAUGAUGGUUUUAUCCUAUACUCCGAAGACGCGGGGCGUGGUGGCUGCUUGUCUCAGUUCUGUAUACCUAGAACUGUCUAUGUUGAAUGUUGCAAUUUCCGACGUGUGAUUGCCCUUCUUCUGCACCUGAGUUUGCAUAUAUGUAUGCAUCACGUGCGCUAG